UUCGGCAUGUUGUCAUAUUAUCAUUGAUUUUUUCGCGAGAAUAUUGAGUUCGGUUGAGUGUGUGGUUGAGAUUUUUCUAAUUCCGCGUACAAUUACGCAGAUUAUACAUUAAUGCAACAUGAGUACGCACUUGAAAUACUUGUUAUUAGUGUUUUUAUCUACUAUAUUCACGUAAUAACAAAAUAACAACAUUAUCUAUCUGUUUUUCUCUUCGGAAUAUUAUUUAAUAUUGUUUUAUUGUAUUAUUAAAUAAGUAUAAUACCCAACAUUACUUAUUAAAUAUUAAAUAAUUAACUAAAUAGUUAUUAUCUCGUAAUAACAAGUGUUGUUAUACGUAGGAACAAAAAAUAACAAGAUAUUGAUAUUAAAAAUCAAGCAAAUUGUACACAUUUUGCCGUUUUAUUGAGUUUAUAGUUAAAAUGAGGCUAUACUAUAUUUCAUUGCGUGAUUUUAACAUUUUUAAUAUUCCUAACUGCCCACGAGUUACUUCCGGUCGUCGUUUCCGCUCUUACAUUGUAUUCGCAUGACUGCUUUCAUUUAUUCAAAUACCUAUGCAAUGUCUACGUAUUUCAUGUGUGGGGUUUACGCAUUACCACACAUGCAAUAUAUGUACACAACUAUGUACAUACUCUACCAUACUACCAUAAAUACAAGUGGUAUUCAGUGUUUGCUGUUAGCAUUGAACGUAAGUUGAUUGUAUUUACAUUCGUUUUAUGCAUAUAGGCGAUAGAUACGAGUAUGUUUUGCGCGCCGAGCGUUGAUUGGCCAAUGAAAGAAGGCACGACGCGCGUCACUCCAAGCGGUUACUAGUUGAAAGGUCAUAAGAUCAUCGCGAACGUUUGAUUUGUGUUAGGGGACAAGAUUAGGCAUAUUGUGGUCAAUAAUGCAAACUGCAUUAAAAUUCACACGUAGGCAUUUAUUCCAAUGUUGGAAUUUAAAGUAAAUUGUUGUGUGGUGUAAAAUGUAAAUCGUGUAAAUCAUGUGGUUUUGAAAUUUGCAGUUGCAUAUUGUGUGGGAUUUGAAAUUCACCACAGAUCAAGGUGUGUCCAAGGAUAAACCAUAAACAUCAACAUCAUCAAGAUGAUCACACAGUGUACUCAUAAUUUUCCCAACAAUUCUAUGCAAGCACUAUGCAAAAACCACUUCCUACAGCAGUUGUAUCGCAAGAUAGAUGGCGCUGUGUUGUGGUCUCAGAACGAACGCAACCUGGACUGCAUUAUCACCUUCCAGACGCACUCGAUCCUGCAGCGUUUCAUGCUGCGCUUCGACUUCCUCCAGCUGGACUGCAACGAUCACCUCUACAUCUACGACGGCGCGCAUGCUGUCGGCACGUACAAGUUUGAUCUUUCGUGUCGCAACACGAAGCAGAAUCUCGGCGCAAUGUUCACGCGCACCAAUUACGUGACGCUCAAGUACGUCACGGACAACUGGGGCACCGACUCCAACGGUUUCAAGCUCGUCAUCACGGCUGUUAAGGAUCCGAAACAUGCCUGCACCGAAUUCCGCUGCAACCUGCGCGAAUUCUGUAUCGCCAAUGAUCUCAUCUGCGACAACAUCAAUCACUGCGCGGACGGUUCCGACGAAGUAGCCAGUACUUUAUGUCAGAACAGCGAUACCGGAACCAUCCUAGGCAUGGAGAUGACUUGGUUUGUCGUGGUCAUAGUGAGCACCCUAUUGGUUCUCCUGGUGUUUAUCGUCGCCAUAUCAAUAUGCCUUUGUAAGAAGGGUCUUGGGGGCAGGAAUAACGUCCAACAACAAAACUAUUCACUGCAACAAAUGUAUGGUGGAUCGAAUGGUGCGAUGAAGCCCGGCUCAAUGACAACGCUGCCUGCGGGAGGUGGCGGUGGUGGCAUGGGUUUGGGCGGCGGCGGCAAUUGCAAUCAGGGAAACUGGUGCCGCCCUGCGGGCCCACGAGGGUUCCGAAUCAGCACGCCGGUCCGGGUCCGCCUCUACUGCCAGGCAAAGUGAGGCACACGUCCGCCAACGGCGGCGACGCCGACCUCGUCGUCCAGAGCCAAAAGGACGAGUGGUUUGUCUAGCAGCAGAGGUGUAUCCGGUAUUUUAACCGGCAGCCUGCAGGGUGUAUCGACCGGAGUGAAGAACCCAACGCUCCGGCAAUCACUACAAGAUCUAAAUAUAUAUUAUGCAACCACAACAACAGUAUGCAAAACCAUCAAGUUUUUAACUUAAUCAAGCGCGCGGAAGCAGCAACUCUUCUUCAAACCGCAAAGUGUAAGUUAAUAAAAUAUCUUUCCGCCAACACAACCCCCUCAACCCCCCCCUUUUAAAAACCCAAUACUCUACCCAACAACCCCCAAAAACUUUUUAAUUGCUAAAACACGAAUAUAAACGAAUACGAAAGUGACAAACAACUUAAAUCAUAUAUAGUCAUAUUAGAGCGAGAGCCAGUGACGGCCAGACUUUCGUCAUUUUAGGAAAGAUGAAAUUUUGUCCAUGUGUUUCUCCAACACAGGUAAGAACGAUCCCCAAUUAUGAAACCUGGAUCGUGGUUCCUUUGGCAGUUAACAGCCAACAAAGAUGUACACAUGAUGACCUAUGUUUCGUUAUUUUAGCAAACUCCAUUUUUGCAUAUUUUGUUCGUCACAUUAUUAUAACAUGCGCUGCUCA